AUGAAACACCUCUUCUUCCACUGCAAAUUCGCAAAAGCAGUCUGGAACCUAGCCCCUAUCUCAAUCCCGCUAGACUCAUCCCACUUCCAAAGCUUUCUCUCAACCCUCUCAAUCUCCAAAACCUGGACUUGUCUCCCACCCACAGGCGUAAGCAAUGGACCUCUCUUCCCAUGGGUUUGCUGGACCAUAAGGAAGACGCGAAACUACUGCCUCUUUGAAGAGCGCCAAUUCUCCCCUGAAGAAACAAUCAGUAAAGCUAUUAAAGAGGCAAGAGAAUGGCAACAAGCCCAACACCCCACGAAGACUAUCCAACGACGAUCUAACCUAUCAUACCCGAGUGUAACAAACCCAAACGUCAUUACCUGUUUCGCAGAUGGAGCCUGGUGUAAGGAUGCAUGCAUCGGAGGAGCAGGAUGGAUUUUCAUCGGCAAUGAAGGCACCGAACUACACCGAGGCCAGGCAGCGGAGCGAUUCGUUUCUUCCCCGCUGAUGGCAGAGGCAAUGGCAAUCCGAUCGGCACUUAACUAUGCCUUGGAUCACGGCAUCGCCAACCUCAAACUUCACUCAGACGCUCAAGAUCUCAUCCGAGUCAUCAAUACGCAGGAGCAAUCGAAGGAGAUCUAUGGUCUCCUUUUUGAUAUCUUCACUCUUGCUUCAAUGUUUGAAUCAAUCUCAUUCCACUUCAUCCCUAGAUCUAAAAACCUUUUGGCUGAUUCUCUUGCAAAGAACGCCAAAGAGAUUUUAGUUGCUUCAAUGCCCGAUAUGGGCCCCACCGUGUAG